AUGUCUCCCAGCAAACUCUCAUCCCCAACCCCGGACCCCCUGGACCCGAUCUCCUCAUGGCGCGCCUGGCAAACCCUCACAAUAAUCUACACAAUCCUCCUAAACCGCCAAAUCCACCGACGCUGGCUCCUCGAACAAAAAAGCAUGCAAAAUACACCACUACGCGAACGCUUCCAACCCUUAAUCUUCCUCGAACCAGUCCCAACCCUCCAAAAGCCCAACACAACCUCAACCCCAUCCAAAAACGCAACCAACAACCCCUUCAACACAACCACAAUGAACAAACUACGCAUGAAAGCCGCUCUUCUCCGCGCGCGUCGAAAAGGGCAAGGAACUCGCCUCCGAGAUCGAGCGUCGCAUGGUCCAGAACCCGCCUGUUAG